GCAUCGCUUCUGGGUGACUCGAGUGAGAAUGGUUUGUACAAGUGUAAAGUGCCGGGCAAACAUCUCAUCGGUAACUCAGGGAGGCAUUGGCAAUUAGGUAAAGGAUUCUUAUAGAUGUUGCUUUAAUACUUGGAGCGGGUCGGUGACCGAAGGACGAUUAUGCGUUGACUCCGCGGUCAGCGUUGGUGAUCAGCAAACAGUGUUGCCCAUGUUACUGAGGACGGAAUUGACGAUUGGUGAAAGGAUUUUUGAGUCAAAUAGCAUCAAACGUUGCGCUAAAAAGGAAAACGGCCGCGCUUAUUGAUUCCCUUUAUCCGCUCGGCAAAUCCUGCGCUGACCGGACGGGAGAUGAUGACAGCAUCGCGCGUGUGUUGUGAACUUAACUUUUCCAACUGGAGGGAUUCUAUCUGUGGUAGGCCCGAUGUAUGACGGUGUUGUGAAGUAUUCAAUUGAACUUUACUGAAGAGACUUUACUACAGUAAUAAAACAGUUAAAAGGGAAUUUAUAUUGAAACACAACGGCACGAAACAUGACGGGAUGACGAUAACAACAGUGCCGCAAGCGGAGACUAACGGUAAAUCAUGAUCACAAGGAAUGAUAAGAGCAAGCACUAAGAGAAGUUCUUGAGACGCUUAUCAGAUCAGUGAAGAUGGAGUGUCGUUGGAUCAUUCUUUUGGGACUUUACCUGAGACUCGCCUCAGCAGUGCUUCACACCUUGGAUCCAAGAUGGCCAAAGGGUACCGGCCACAGGGGCAUGCCUUGGCCACUCCCCAGAAAAUGGAAAGAGUCAAACACUCUGAUGACAAUUGACCCCGACAAGUUCUAUAUGUGGAGUGACAUCAAGAACUGUGACAUCAUCGACAUGGCAUUCCAGCGUUAUCAGCGUUAUCUGUUCGAAGGGAGAAGAGGUAUCCUGUCUCCAAGGUACAAGACGAUGCAUCGUCUUGAUGUGGUUGUGUCAUCUAAGACUUGUGAUUACUGGCCAAGAGAGAAUAUGGACGAGGCUUAUAACCUGACGGUGUCGUACAUCGGCUUCGCCCGGGUGGCCGCCAGGACCGUUUGGGGCGCUAUUAGGGGAAUCGAAACAUUCACACAACUCAUUUGGAUAGAUGGCAACGGAGAGUACAUGAUAAACAAAACAACCAUAGAGGAUUCACCCAGAUUCGCCCAUAGAGGAGUUCUGAUAGACACAGCCAGACAUUUUAUACCAACACCUAUACUAAAGUUGACAAUGGAUGCCAUGUCAUACAACAAAUUGAAUGUGUUCCACUGGCACAUGACGGAUGACGAGUCAUUUCCUUACGAAAGUAAAACAUUCCCAGAACUUCAUGAAAUGGGUGCGUAUUCGAUCUACCAUACCUACAGCCCGGGUGAGAUCACCGAGUUGGCGGAGUAUGGCCGAGAGUUGGGGAUUAGAAUCAUUCCAGAGAUAGAUAGCCCAGAUCACACACAAUCUUGGGCGAAAUCACAUCCUGAGCUUUUCACAGCAUGUCAGUAUAACGACAGUGCGGCCGACUAUCGACCGCAAAAAGAACUGCUGAACCCUCUCGAGAAAUCGACAUACAACUUCGUGAGUUGGCUUAUCUGGGAGAUAGCCAAGCUCUUCCCAGAUCAUUACAUUCAUGUGGGACUCAACGAUUUGGAUGAGGAUUGCUGGCGUUCUAACCCCAACAUCAGUGCUUACAUGAAACGCAAGAGCUGGCCAUUAUCAAAGGUGCAGCAACAAUACACGAACAAGGUGCUGCAGAUGGCCAUGGAUGAAGGGAAGAAACCCAUUCUCUGGCAAACGCCGCUGGAGAAGAACGUCAAACUGAAGUUCAGUAACGUCACCAUCCAAAUUGAUAAGGAGUUAACGGACGAUCUAAGAGAAACUAUCCGCAAUCUAGGUUAUGACGUCAUAGUUUCCGCAUGCUGGGAUCUUCAUCACGUGACAUAUGGCGAGGAUUGGCGGAAUUUCUACGAAUGUGAACCAGAAAAUUAUACUGGCGGGCCGUUAACAGAUGGUUCUAUCCUUGGAGGCGAGGCCACGAUAUGGACCCAGUACAUAGACGGACCCAAUAUGGUGCCUUUAAUGUGGCCUCGAGCUUCAGCAAUGGCAGAGAGAUUAUGGAGUCCAAAGGAGACACGUGACAUAGACUAUGCCCUAUAUCGACUGGAUGAACAUCGAUGCCGGAUGCUGAGGCACGACGUCCCCUCCCAGCCGCUCACCUCGGGUUACUGUGGCGAAUACGAGUUCUACGGCUGGGUUCACAGCAAGGCAGCAUCUUCUGAUAGGGUGGCUUAUGGCAUCCUGUACAUCAUGUGUGCCUGUAUCAUGGACCUUAUCAAGGAUAUCUUCACGUUUCCUUCGACCACCAAUAGCACAGUGGAGUCCUGAUCGAUCGUGUAGCUCAUCAGCAAAGAUUUCAAUAAUUCCCGAGGGACUUAAACGGGGACUGUCGAGAUGGGUGUAGAUUGUAAUUUUAAGUGGACACAUUUGGUUUUUUUAUCACUACACUAGGUGCAUACUGAAUUUCCAGCGGUAUUGCCCCUUUAGCAACCGCCCACAGGCCUAUUGACGCGCUGUCUGGAUGGAAGCUGAGCGAUGUCAAUACAUUGAGGGUCGAGAUGCACUAGGUGUGACAUUUUCACGAUAUAUGAUACUGUCUUGUCUUAAGUUUGUUGAAGGCUUAUAUGUAUAUUCUGCUAACCUUGGAGUAAGGAUUUUUCUAUUCCCAUGGUAUUAUUAUCUUAAUUAUAAUAAAGUUUUCCUAUGCUUU